AUGGCCCAGCGGCGGCAGGAGGACACCGUUAUUAGCCACUUCUCCCAUCCGUAUCCAGGGCACGAGCUGGUGAAGCGGCACUACACUGGGCCGUUCCGCUGCGACAUGUGCUGCCAAGACUUGUCCGGCGCAGGAUAUGGCUGCAGCGCAGGCUGCGACUUUGCCAUCCACGACUCUUGUGUCGGCUACUCGCAGACGUUCUCCUCCCCGCAGCACGAAGCGCACCCACUCGUGCUCAUCCAGACCCGCCAAGACGCGACCCUCUUGUGUGACGUCUGCUUGGGGCAUUGCGCUCCGGGAUCCUUCCUCUACCGCUGCCCACCAUGCGGGUUUGACAUGCACCCGACCUGCGGGCGGCUGCCCAAGGUUGUGCGCAGCGCGCGGCACACGUACCCGGCGCACGACCUCACACUGGUCGUCGCCGAUGGCUGCUGUGCCGCAUGCGACAAAGGCGUGAGGCGGGCAUCGUACUACCGUUGCACAACUUGCAAUGUCGACUUACACGUCUCGUGUGCAGCGACCGCUAGCAACAACAACAGCGCUCAUGAAGCUGAAAUAGCCCUUCAGGCUGAGAUUGUACGAUCAAGGAUCGCAGCCCAGGGUAGACGCGCCGCGCUGGACCUGCUGAGCCCUGCAUAUAUAGUACGAAGAGAGUACUUCUAG